AUGGAGUCGCAUCAAAGUCUGCAAGCUCUUCUUUCUAGCAAAAAUGUUCCAACAAUCUCCAACUCAUCCUCCAACUGGGCCUCGCUGAUCGAUCCAUACAACCGUCGUCUCAAAUAUACACCAGCUGCUGUCACGCUACCGACUACUGCGCAACAUGUCUCCGACUCCAUCUUAUGUGCUGUGGCAGCAGGUGUGAAAGUGCAGGCGAGAUCUGGGGGACAUUCGUACGGCAGUUUCUCGCUCGGUGGACAGAACGGCAGUCUGGUAAUAGACUUGCGGAAUCUCAACACUGUCUCUCUAGACAAAUCGACGGGCAUUGUGACAGUAGGCGGAGGUGCUCGACUUGGCAAUCUUGGACUAGGGAUAUACAACCAGGGCCAGCGUGCGCUCCCGCACGGGACGUUCCCAGGUGUCGGAAUCGGUGGGCACUAUACCCAUGGAGGCUUUGGAUACUCAUCUCGUCGUUGGGGUCUCGCGCUUGAUACUAUUGUAGCCAUGGACGUUGUCUUGGCAGAUGGCCGCUUUGUGCACGUCACGCCAACCAGCCAUCCCGACCUGUGGUACGCUCUGCGAGGAGCUGCAGACAGCAUAGGUAUCAUCACAACUUUCUAUCUCCAGACACAGCCGGCGCCAGCUCAGGUUGUCAACUAUUCGGCUAAUUUCUCGUCGGCUCUGAAGUCAGCGGAUGCGGCAGCGAAUGUCAUUCUCACCCUUCAAAAUUUCGCCACCACCUCUCCAUACAUUGACCGGAACCUCACUGUUGAGGUCUACACCAGCGUUCUCGGAGAGUUUAUCGUUCGUGGGUGGUACUUUGGGGAUCUGGACUAUUUCUCGAAGACUGUGUUUCCCGCUAUGCUGAACGGAAUGGCAACCCCGCCGGACAAUACCACCGUAGAGGAGCAGGCCUGGCUGACGGCGCUGGAAGGUAUUGCUGAGGGCGAGCCACUUGCUGAGCCACUCACCGGCUACAACAGGCGUGGGACAUUCUACAUCAAGUCUAUCGUAACGAGAGAGGCCCAGCCGCUGACCAAGGCGGCCCUCACCAGCUACUACCAAUACAUCAUCGACAAGGGUCUGACUGCUCAAUUUUUCUGGAACACGUUCAUCUCGCUCUAUGGUGGCAAAGACAGCCAAAUCAACAAGCCCGCAGCCGACUCUGCUGCGUACUCGCAUCGAGACUCUCUUUGGGUUUUCCAAAAUAUCGGCUCCAGCCCGAAUCGUUUACCGCCCUUCUCCCCGGAGAUAACCACUUUUGUCAAUGGGCUGAAUACAGCAAUCACUGCUCCGCAGCCUGACGGCAACUUUCUCGCCUAUCCAAACUAUCUUGACCCAGCGCUUACACCGGCCGAGGCAGCCCACCUCUAUUAUGGACGUUCCACCUACAGCAAGCUUGUGAAAAUUAAGUCCGACGUUGACCCAAACGAUGUCUUUUGGAAUCCACAGUCGAUUGGAAACGCCGUUUUGUCAAAAGUUUAG